AUGCAACCCCUAAACCCAUUCCUCGCCGCCUUCUUCAAGAGCCCUCUCCCUGCCCAGUGUCUUCCCGCCCAAGGUCACAUCCUCCUAGUCCCCUCUACCGAUGUCUUGCUCACCUCCCGCGAGACCGAAGCGGCCCCCGGCUCCAGUGUCGCCGACUCUGUCUCCACCGAAGAGUUCCUCGCCAGCCAUGUGCUGCGCAUCCCCGACCCGGCGAAGCCAACGGGCGCUGCUGCAAGCGGCGGGAAGGAGUCGACACCCAACCUGCGGGAGAUGAGAGGGAAAGCGAAGCAAUAUAACACCAUCAACGGGAGGAACGUCGUCAUCAAGGACAAUGUCAUCUACACCAAUAAAGGGUUCAAAGUCCUAGCCUCUGCCAACCUCCUCGGCGAUUCCAUAUGCUACUCCGACACACUGGAGCCCAGAGGAUGGCUAAUCUACCAUAUAUCACGACCUUUAGUAGGAUCUUGGGAGGAGAUCAAGAUCAUACCAGCAGUGCUCGUUGAAGGAACAAGGAAAGCCAUGGCAAUACAACAGAAUGGUGCCUCGCCCGUUUCCGAAUCAAGCGAGUCUUCAAUGGUCCCCAAGAAGAAGGAAAUCAAGAGCUUUCACGAUCUGCUGAACCACUUCCCCGUGAUUGCGCGGCAAAUGCAGGCUGGCCUUGAACGACUCUUCCAGGAAUUCACAGCCGUUAUAGAGAGACCUCUCCCACCACCUCCAUCUGCGACACACAUCCCGGACCCAUUUCCGGAUGGCCCGAUAGCUGCGGCAACUAGGAAAGCCAGAUCGAACAGCAUGUCACAGCUCCAAGCCUCUCCCAAUGGCGGCAGCGGGAAGAGAGCUUUGGAGCCGUUCUAUGCUGAAGAUGAUGAAGAGGUUCUGAGAGUCUCGCUCGAGACCGCUGUCACCAACGCGAUCGAUUUGUUCCAGAAUGUGGAUAAGCAACAACUGUCUCUGCUGGGAGCGACGACUGAGUUGACAGGUCCGGUUGUAGAGCGCUUGAUAGAGCGCUAUGUCACGGAGAAUGUGCACAACAUGCUAUUUCCCCGGUUGGCUGCUCUGAAGAGACCAGAAGACCUGGAGCUUGAGGCCAAGAUCCGCCAAAUGGACUUUGUGGAUGUUUCCCAACUUGGCAUCGUGAUUGAAGGUGGUCACCGGGGUAAGCAGGCUCUCAUUUCCAGACUCACACGAGCGAUCGACGAGUUCAAAAAGAUCACAAAUGCCGGCAGUCCGCCGGAGAUGAUGGACAUUCUCUUGUCUACAAUGAAGUCAGUGACAGAGCUUGGCGACACACCCCCGGUGCCUGGCAAUCGGUCAAUAAGUUCUUCCUCAGAGAAAGGAAUUCUCACGAUGAACGCCGACACUCUCGUAUCGCUGCUGCUCUUUAUCUUGAUUAGAGCACAAGUCAAGCACCUGCAGGCACGUUUUUUGUAUAUGCGCCACUUCAUCUUCGUCGAUGAUGUAGACAGUGGUGAGAUGGGGUACGCUCUUAGUACAUUCGAGGCGGUACUGCUAUAUCUUGACCGUGACUCAGCCGGACUCCGGAGAGCGAGUCGUCGGAACAAGUCAUUGUGGGAUGCUACUGCUCGAGGUGACUUGGAGACUUUGCAAAAGAUUAUGGAACCUAGCGGGGACGCCGUCGCAGAUGCUCUGGACGAGGAGGAGGCUGCUGCGGCAUCCUCGAGGCGUUCAAGCCGGCGCACUUCAACAAGCAGCAGCUGGAGUUUCGCGAAUGGCUCCUCCAGGGCUUCCUCGACUGUGCUCAGUAAUUCCGAGCGUUUCUCGCUGGGAUCUGACCUCAGCCACGUCUUCCCUUUCAAUAGACAAGAAGAUGUUACCGGCUCUACAGACGACUUCUUCCCUAUCAGGAAGAUUAAAAGGGUAACCAUGGACAUGCGAAGCUUGUCAAGCGGUUCUGAGAUAUCCUUCCACUCUCGAGCUGCGAGCAUCGGCACCCUUGGCAGCGGUAUCGAAGGCGACACAUCCAUUGAACGAUUGUCCCAAACACAGGACUCGUUUGGUGAAUCAGUCCUGAUGAUGGCUGUUCAGAAUGAGCGUCCAGAGACACUGACGUAUUUGUUGGACCUCAAGUCUUACUAUACACCAGCCAUUGUCCUGUCAGAUAGCAACAACGAGGGGACGACUCUGCUCAGUGCUGCCGUGCAGCUAGGCCAUGAACGGCUUACUAACAUCCUUCUCAAGUUCAUGGUUGACGAGCCUACUAUCACGGAGGAGCACAUGCGAGCAUACUUCGCCAAGCAAGACGUUUGGGGGCGCAGUGUGGCUCACUACCUGUUCCAUGCACCCUACCUCAUUGUCGACUACGGGAGAAUGAUGCCGUGGACUCAGAAGGACAAGAACGGCCAGUCACCUCUAUUUGCCAUAUGCAGGUCGUACGACCACACACUAUACCACACCAUGGUACAGCAAGCCCUGGAAAUCGCAAGAGACUGUCAAGGUGACGGGCAGCCUCUUCAUCUCGAUGACCACAUUGAUGGAAAAGGCAACACCUUAUUGCACAUUGUUAAUGAUGCCCAGCUUUGUCUGCGAAUAUUGCAAAAAUGCGAUGCAGAUGUCAACGCCAUCAACGACAGAAAAUUUACGCCACUCAUGGUCGCGAGCAAAUACGGUCGAUUUGAUGUGGUGCGCGCUUUCUUCGGCGAUGCGCGAGUGGAUAUCACUGCGAAGGAGCUGCGAGGCCUGACGGCUGUGGACUUGGCCAAAGACGACGACGUUCGCAACAAGAUAGACGACCUCGUGCUGUUUGCUGCGCCCCCAGGGCCUGACUCCCGGACGACCGCUGUCGUCAGGUCAUAUUUUGUGGAAGAUGCCAGUGUGCGGUUUGUCCUGAAGUCAGGCGCACCGGUAGACAAGCAUAGCUAUGCGGUCACCACGUGUAGGCGGUCACUCACAGACUUCGAGCACCUCGCGAAGCUUUUGGCCAUGGAGAACCCGGCAUCGUGGAUACCGUCCUUCGCCGCUCUGCGGUCCCCGUUUCAAAUCCCGGUCAAGCCCAGCCGGGCGGUUCUCAAGGACCUGCAGGUCCGCAUGGAUUGGUUCCUCCGCAUCCUCCUGGCCCACCCGACGUUCGCGACUCAUGAGAUGUUGUGGGAGUUCUUCCUGGUGCCGGACCUUCAGCCAGAUAUGAUGGAGCAGCGGAGUAAGCUCAAAGCCGAAACUCGUGCGGAAAAGGUCCGCGAUGAGUUCGAGCCACUGGAGGAUGUUCGUGAGGUCGAGCAAUUCGUGGAUCACGCCCGCGAGAACGUCCGCGGGGUCAACCACUCGACCAAGAGUGUUGCGCGGCGGGCGAACAUCGUGGGCAAUUCUACUUUUGAUCUCUAUGACUCCUCGGUCUUACUUCACCGAGCUGUAGCAACUUUACCCUUCCUGCCGAACACACACAUCACAGCAUUUGAGACCUACGUCCGCGCGCUGUCCCCAACAACAGUCAAUCCAUACUCCACUCUUCACUCGACCCUGUUAGCGCUGCAAUCUACCAUUGAUGCCAUACUUUCGGCGCUGGCCCGCCCGCCGCGGCUUAUCAACCAGAUCAAUGUGUCGCGUCGUACCGUGGAGCGCAAUUACUCGUCUCUCAGCCGCUCUACGCGUUGGCCUCUGGGCCUCCUUGACGACACACGUCAGCGACUUAAUGAGGAGCGUGAGGAGCGGAUGCGUGCCGGCCAGGCAGAGGUCAAUAACCUGUCUCGCGAGCUGAGGUACACACAGCAGACGGUGGCGAUGGAGCUUGCGGGCUGGCAGGACAUGCACGAGAGGAUGGGCAGGAGGGCCAUCAGGGAGCUUGCCAGGGGCAUGUUGGUUGUGGAGAAGAUGAGGCUAGAGGGCAUGAAGAGGGCACAGCGAAAGUUGAGCGAGGUCAAGGUUGAUGCCGGCACAGGGAACCACGGACCGGAUUAUCUGGAGGCCCUUGCUGGGGUCGAAACCCGUGUUGACAGUGGGGUUGCCAAUGAUACUGCUGGCGGCUACGCGGGCCUCAACGCGCCCAUUGCGCUGGCCGGCCUCGAGAUCCAGGCGGACCGCAAGGCUAAAACUGACCCGGGUCCCCCAGCGGCAUCGCCAGGGGAAGGCCGAGCGGUCCAGACCUCACAACCGGACGCGACUGGCUCGAGGAUCGACGCUCCACUGCCACCGCUACCGGCCGAGGAAUCACCUAGCCCUACCGAGACCCCGCGAGAGGGCAGCACUGGCGAGGCAGUGGCAGGGCAGGGCGGGGAGAGUAGAUAG